AUGGCUUAUUCCGCUGAUCUUGUAACCUCCAAACUCGCUGCUUUAAACGACUCGCAAGAGGGCAUCACGUCUGUCUCUCAGUGGAUCCUAUUCCACAGACGGAACGCCGCGCAGUCAGUAGAGAUAUGGUUCGAUAGUUUAUUGAAAGCGUCUAGCAGCCGUAAACUCAGUCUUAUAUACGUUGCCAACGACGUAGUCCAGCAAUCCCGUGCCAAAAAGCGCACAGAAUUCGUCGAAGCAUUUUCGCCGGUUAUCGUUCGAGCUAUCGAAAAUGCGUACCGCCAUGGUAAUACGGACGUUCAUUCGAGAUUAAGACGGGUGAUACUGGUCUGGCGACAACGUCAAGUUUUCCCAGAGUCUGUCAUCGCUGCUAUCGAAGCUAAAACACAAGUUCAAGCUUCACGUUCUUCAGGCAGAUCAAACCCUACCAAAGCCACGCUCUUGAAUAAGCGUGCUGAAAGUUCUUCGAAGUCGGUCGCUCAACCUGCACCUCAGGGACUUGAGGAACUUGUGGAUGCACAAAAGACCCUUCUGGGCGCCUUUACAGCCAGUGCCACUGCGUACGAAGCAGUCACGGGUGCUUACGAUGAAGUCAUGAAGUGCCAAGACAACAUUAACAACGACCCGACCCAAGCGCUGCGCUUAUCACAGCUUAAAGAAGCUCUGAGCCAAGCGUCCGCAUCGAUUGAUCAGGCAGUGAGCGCCCGCAAACAUAUGAUCACCCGGAUCGAAAGAUUGCUACAGUUAAACAAAGCUGCUCUACUGAAGGAUGAGGAAAGACGAAAAGAGCUCGAGGACAAGCUCUCGCGCGUGGAUGAUAUCGUAAUGUCGAUAAAUGCCCCGACCGAACAAUCGGCGCGAACGACUACCCCUGAUGUACCACCUCCCGCCGUCGAAGAGCUUACUCCGCCCCCUGUCGGAGAAUAUGAAGUUGUCGACAGUACCUAUUCAGGCCCUGUACUGUCUGCGCGGGCCUCAGCAGGGGACUUGGAUGGCAUGGCAGGUCAGGUUCCCACGCUUGCGAUGGAUGACCAUGAAGAAUAUGUGCCGUAACGCUUUGACAGGUAAGGAAGUUGAAGUUAUAAAGCUGCUCAUUAAUUGAGACAUCACAAAACG